UCUCCUGGAGGACACAGUUUUCGUUUGAGGAAGUCUCAAAGAUAUGAUCCCAAUAUCCUACCUCGAGAAUGAUGCCAGGCGAUAAGCAGCGCAACAACUUUCUCACCGUGGUGGCGUCGUUACUCAACGGUGUUACCAUUCUACUGUGGUGGCUCCGCUUCUAUGAGCUCAGCCAGAGCGAAUCAUGGACUCAAGUCAAUGGAUUGCCUCGUGCAAUCCUACCAGUACGGUACCUCCCUAGCUAGUGGGAAUACUCGGUUCCUCGCCCGGGGAAGACGAAGCGACAAGCAUUUUCUGCCUUUUUGCAGAUGAUGCAAGAGUCCUUCAGAAGACUCACCGUGUAUUAUACAGCAACCUGCACAAAAGCUGCUACGUAUCGCAGAGCUGAAGACAACGCUGGAUCAUGCAUGCAUUGGGCUUCUAAUAACCAUCAGGCAACACAGAAGCAAGGUGAAGACCUUUGGCUCGUCUCGAGGGACCUGCAAAACAGGACUUAAAGUGGUUUACGUACUAUCCGGUACGUACCAGUACAGUUUUGGUCGGUGGUACAGUAGGGUGGAGGAUACCGUAGAAUUGAGAUCUUUCGAAGUUUCGCGGAGAGCGUUCUUGACGAAAGCUGCUCAGGUAAAAAGAGCAGCAAAUUUCCUGUUGGAGCCAUUGUGGCUGGAUCUUCCAAGUUGCUUCUCAGACCUUACCGAAAAACACUCCCCGCAUCAUUUCUCGCAGGCUCGAUUGGACUCCUUCAUUGCUUUAGUUUUAUCCAUCAGAUUCGAAAGUCAAUUAACCAUGUCAUCUCUUGGCGACGGUCCUAUGCGGUUUGCUCCCAAAGACGAGCGAUCCAUCGAAGAACAACUCAACGCACUUACCCCCGCAGAAAAAGAAUGCUUUGACAAUCUGAAGAAGAAAUGGGAAGAGAAGAAUCCUGCUUUUUCGGAUGAACUGUAUCUUCGAUUUGCCCGUUGCAGUCCAGGCAAGGAAAAGUUCAACGAAAAGGCGGCCUGGAAGGUCAUGAAGAAAUUUGAUCCUCGCUACUCGACCAUCAAAGCGGCCGACCUCGAAAAGCAAUUGGCGUCCAAGACCCUCUUUCCAGUGCCUGGACUCAAGACCAGUGAAGGACAUGACAUGUUCUACAUGCGGCCCUCGCGGUACUUUCACAAGGAAACAUCCGUCAAAGACAUUAUUGACAAUUUGGCAUACUGCAUGACCACCAUGGUGGAAAAGGAAAAAGCAUGCACCGAGGGAAUUGGAUUCUUGGCGAACAUGAACGAUUGGACCAUGAAGAACUUUGACGUGAAUUACUGCUACCAGUUCAUGAUGAUGUUACAGGGCCGUGUCCCCGUUCGUGUCCGACUCUUUCUCAUUGUCAAUCCACCGUCUUGGUUUGCCAAAAUUUGGGCCAUUAUGAAACCCAUGUUGGCCUCCGAUUUCCGCAAAAAGGUCUUUGUCAUUAAAGAGCAAGAAAUGAUGGCGCAUUUGGCCGACGGAGCCGAGGAAUUCUUGCCCGAUGAAACGGCCAAUGGCAAAGUCAACACGGACGAGUUGGUCCAAGAUUUCAUCACGUACCGCAAGCAUGUCGAGGCUGCGUAAAAAAAAAUUGCUUGUUUGGAAAAUAUUCAUAUAUUUGCCCCUGGAAGCUUUGCAGCUCGGUUGGAUGAAGCGACGACACGACUACUGCAUGUUCCCUUUGAUAUCUGCGCGGUGAUGUGUGCUAAAUGAGCUUGGAUUGGAUAUGAUGAUUAGAUGAAAUAAGUUUGCAGCUGAGCAUUUGGGAUGGAUGUUGGCAUCUGAGGGGUGUUCUACGCACCGGUAGCGCUGCAAAAA